GAAGCAAAACUUUUCAGAGAGAAAAAGUUGGACAGAGAGGUCUUUAACUCAAAUUACCUAGAGGCCACCAAGUUGGUCGUGCCAUCUUAACAUGACAUCAACUGCAUGGAAUGCAAAUCACACAACCACCGACAUGGCGUCCUGAACCUGAAAAGCAUCAACCGAUCAGACUCCUGUUUGUUUGCAUUGCAGCUGUGUAACGUGCUGUUGCACGUUCUCUCUGCUCUGGAUGUGUUUCGUUCACAUGAAGGCCCGCAGUGAGCUGUCGCCUGUUCAAACACUGCAGAUUCAGGUGAAGUUGCUGCAUUGCUGCUGCCCCUGGAAGCAUUCCAUCCCUUACUGCCACGCGUUCCAGUUUGUACGGUGAUGAUGACCACAUGCAGGUUCUGUUUGAUGGACUCUCUUCAACCAGAAAACGGGACAGCUGGUGUGGAGAUCUACAUGCAUUUCAAGCAAAUGCCUGAAUGUUAAAGGUUUCGUGGAGGCUGGUGGAAGAGAUCGCAUCACUGUUGGAAACAAGGCAACAUAAACUCAGUGGUCCUCCCAGAAAUUCACUAUCCAUCUGUUUGCUGUGUAAAGUCGAUCACCUGAACGCAUGAAUAGCUGCAUAGUAUGCUUUAUUUUCAUCCUACACAGGAGUGACUCUGCCAGGCCUGCGGGGAGAGGACCAUGGCCCUUUGUGAUGCCAGCUGUGACCCGCUGUCCCUAAGCAAUGGAGGCCGCUGCUCUCCCAGUACCAGUAAAAAUGCACCUUUAAACACGAGUAUGCCGGUUGCCAAAGGCCAGGACCCCCUCACAGUGUCGUCUAGCGCCAAUUUCCUGCCAGCAGAUGCAGAUGAUGUCACAGUCCAGGAUGUAGCACUGAAAGUGCAUCAGAAACCAUGUUCUCAGCAUGUUGUCCAGAGAGCCAACAGACCAAAUAAAAAUGGCGGUGUUGUCAAACAGAACGGCUCCCUGAGGAACCAUGCGCUCUCCUCCGCUGCCUCGACAGACUCUCAGACGCUGGUCAGGCGCCACCUUUCCCCGUCCCCGUCCUCUCCUCCCCUCCAGGCGUCCGUGAUGUGCUGCCAGCACUGCUGUUUUCACUCCACGCUGUGCUGCCCAUGCGGCCAGCAGGACUGCCCACUCUUCCAGAAUGCCGGUCCAGAGCUCGGCCUGGUCCCCCACGCUGGGACGCCUUCAUCUUGCCCUUGUUGCCUCUCUGUCGGCACAUACUCUCACUCCCAUCCUCCUCCUGCUGCUGCUCCUCCUCACCCCUCUGCUCUGUGUCUGCAUCUCCACCAUCACCAUCGCUGGCAAGAGCAUCUCCAGAACCAGCCGCAUGGACCCAGGAUCAGCCCUGCGAGGCCCUUUCGAUUCCCCAAAAGUUAUGCUGACCUGAUAGCUGAUUGGCCAGUGGUUGUGUUGGGCGUGUGCACAGUACUCAUCGUGGUGUGUGCUCUAGUGGGCAUUCUGGUGCCUGACCUUCCCGAUUUCUCUGACCCACUGCUGGGUUUUGAGCCACGGGGAACAGCCAUUGGCCAGCGACUGGUCACAUGGAACAAUAUGGUGAAGAACACAGGUUACAAAGCCACAUUGGCCAACUAUCCCUUCAAAUAUGCAGACGAGCAAGCCAAAAAUCACCAGGAGCCAAGGUGGCCUGAGGACCAUUUCGAGAGAGACAAACGACAAGCAGAGUGGGACUUCAGUAAGGAGUUCUUCUGUGACGUGCCCGGUGACAGUUACUCAAGAUUAGUGUUCACAUCGGCAGAGGGAAAGAACCUCUGGAGCAUUCAGGCCAUCAAAUCCAUGUGCAAUCAGGACAACACAAGGGUGCGCUCCCACCGUGACUACUGGAGCCUUUGCCAGCGCACUAAUGAUGCCUCCUGCUGCCCCAGCUGGACACUUGGCAAUUACAUCGCCGUCCUCACGAACAGAUCGUCCUGCCAGAAGAUCACUGAGCGCGAUGUGUCCCACACACUCAAGGUCCUACGCUCGUGUGCCAAGUACUACCACAACGGCACGCUGGGACCUCACUGCUGGGACAUGGCUUUGCGACGGAAGGAUCAGCUGAAGUGUGCCAGUGUGCCUCGAAAGUGCGCAAAGUACAAUGUCGUCUAUCAGAUCCUUCACUUCCUGGUGGACAAAGACUUCCUCAGUCCUAAGAGCUUGGAGUACCCUCCACCUGUACUCAAGUACAGCAUGCUUUUCUCCCCCACAGAGAAAGGAGAAUCAAUGAUGAACAUUUACCUAGAUAAUUUUGAGAACUGGAACUCCUCCGAUGGCAUCACCACAGUCACAGGGAUAGAGUUCGGCAUCAAACACAAUCUUUUUCAGGACUACCUCCUCACGGACACCGUGUACCCUACCAUAGCCAUCGCUAUUGUCCUGCUGGUAAUGUGUGUGUACACGCGCUCGGUUUUCAUCACUCUAAUGACUAUCAUAGCCAUCAUCAGCUCACUUAUUGUGUCCUACUUUCUCUACCGUAUGGUCUUCAACUUUGAGUUCUUCCCCUUCAUGAACCUCACAGCGCUCAUCAUCCUGGUAGGCAUUGGCGCGGAUGACGCUUUUGUUUUGUGCGACGUGUGGAACUACACAAAGUUUGAUAAGCCCCAUGCCGAGUUGGCAGAGACGGUGAGCGUUACCUUGCAGCACGCCGCCCUCUCUAUGUUUGUCACCAGCUUCACCACCGCUGCAGCGUUUUAUGCCAAUUACGUCAGCAACAUCACCGCCAUACGCUGUUUUGGCAUCUACGCGGGCACUGCCAUUUUAGUCAACUACAUACUAAUGGUGACAUGGCUCCCAGCUGUUGUGGUGCUACACGAACGCUACCUGCCUGAUGUUUUUCUCUGCUCUGUGCCUCCACACCAGCAGAGGGGGUACUGCACCAGGAUGUUCUGGGCUGGCCUAUGCCAAAAGGCCAACAAAUGCCUCUUUACGGUCUCUGAAGCAUCGAGGAUCUUCUUUGAGAAGGUGUUGCCAUGCAUUGUCAUCAAGCUGCGCUACCUCUGGCUCUUCUGGUUCCUUGCCAUCACAGUGGGAGGGGCUUAUGUAGUGUGCGUCAACCCUAAGAUGAAGCUUCCUUCCCUGGAGCUGGCAGAGUUUCAAGUGUUCCAGUCCUCCCACCCGUUUGAGCGCUACGACGCAGAGUACAAGAAACUGUUCAUGUUUGAGAGGGUCCAUCAUGGCGAGGACCUCCACAUGCCUAUCACCAUCAUUUGGGGGGUGACCCCUGUUGAUAAUGGGGACCCCUUAAACCCUAAAAAUAAAGGAAAGCUAAUGUUGGAUAGCAGUUUUAACAUUGCCAGUCCAGCAUCUCAACUAUGGAUUCUCAACUUCUGCCAGAAGAUGAGGAACCAGAGCUUCGUCUUUCAGUCAGAGGAGCAGGACUUCACGAGCUGCUUUAUUGAGACAUUCAAACAGUGGAUGGAGAACCAGGACUGUGAGGAGGCGUCUGUCUAUCCCUGCUGCAGUCAGUCCACCUUCCCCUACAAACAGGAGGUCUUUGAGUUGUGCAUCAAGAGAGCCAUCAUGGAACUGGACAGGAGUACAAAUUACCAUCUGGACAGCAAGACUCCUGGACCUCGAUUUGACAUUAAUGACACCAUCAGAGCCAUAGUUUUAGAGUUCCAGAGUACUUACCUCUUCACGUUGGCCUAUGAGAAGAUGUACCAGUUCUACAGUGAGGUGGAUGCCUGGAUCAGUGAGGAGCUGCGUUACGCUCCUGCGGGACUCAACCACGGCUGGUUUGUGAGUAACCUGGAGUUCUACGACCUCCAGGACAGCCUGUCAGACGGCACUCUGGUUGCCAUGGCGCUUUCAGUCGCCGUGGCUUUCAGCGUGAUGCUCCUGACCACCUGGAACAUCAUCAUCAGUCUGUAUGCCAUCCUCUCCAUCGCGGGCACCAUUUUCGUGACAGUUGGCUCCUUGGUGCUUCUUGGUUGGGAGCUCAAUGUCUUGGAGUCGGUUACCAUUUCAGUGGCAGUAGGACUGUCUGUAGACUUCGCCGUCCACUACGGGGUAGCCUACCGGCUCGCUCCGGAGCCAGACCGUGAAGGAAAGGUGAUUUUCUCCCUCAGCCGCAUGGGCUCUGCCAUCGCUAUGGCAGCACUGACCACAUUUGUUGCCGGGGCGAUGAUGAUGCCGUCAACUGUGCUAGCCUACACCCAGCUGGGAACAUUCAUGAUGCUGAUCAUGUGCAUCAGCUGGGCAUUUGCAACUUUCUUUUUUCAGUGCAUGUGCCGCUGCCUGGGGCCACAGGGUACGUGUGGUCAGAUCCCCCUGCCCAAAAAAUUCCAGUGUCAAGCGUUCUCUGAGGUCACAUCCUCGAGUACCUCGCCACAGGAGAAGAGCUGUGGCCUGGGGAAGUACCAGCUAGACAGCAAGGGCGGGGAGGUGGAGCAUUAUGAGCUGGAGCCUCUGGCGACCGGUAAUAAGACUGAAGAUAAACCCAGGGAGGAGCAGGAGGUGUGCGCUCAGCUUUAUAACGGAAUUCCUCCUCAACUCCAACCUGCCUCUUUUUCACACGUCCACUAUAAGAGUAAAUUUGAGGCUGGAAGAGCCGGUCCUGAGAACGGGCUGGUGGCCCCAAUGAGCACACAGUCCAGGUGCCAGUACUCCCAGAGCACUAACUGCUCAUGUGGAGACCCGGCUCCUCCUCCGCACCUGCCUCAACAAUGGACUGCCCACUCCUGCACUCAGCCCUUCCAGGACUCACCUUCCUGCACUCCCACCCCCCAACUGUUCCCCCUGUCAGGAAGCAAGUCCAGCAAACAAAACGCAGCCCUGUUGGCUUCAAAUGUAGAGCCGAGCUACACGCACAUAGAGUGCCAAAUGCACUAUGUGCACUGUUCCCGCCUCCAGCGCUGCCCCCAAGGAACAGUAGUGUCACCCAGGCAAGGACCCGCCCACUGCUGCCACCUCAGGAAGUACUGUGGGCACACAGCUCACCACCAGACUGGUUCCUCCAGAGAACACAGAUCCUCCCCGCCUCCUCCCGCACAGGACUCAGAACCAGUUUCUGACCCCAAUUCUGCAGGACAGGAUGUCCACACACCUGAAUUAAGGGGUAACAUCAGCCCAGAUUGUAGCUCCUCACUCCCAGCUGAAAUACAACACCCUUCCUUCUCUUCAGGGGGUGUGGUUGCCCCCCCACGCACACCAUCUUCACACACAAACACUCACGAAAGACGGAACGCGAGUGAGAACAACCGUCACUGUACUGAUGAUCACUUGUCCACCAAAACCGCAGAAACGGCGGACGCUUGUUAUAAAGUCCCUGGUAACCAGGAGGAGCUCGAAGGUAUUCUCGCUGCACGGGAGGAAAACGGCAAAAAGUGCAAGAGUAACUCUGUAAGAGAGCGGACGCUGUCUGUGCCUCCAAAGAAACUCAACUGCUUUAACAGGACGUUGAAGGUAAAGUGCAAUUCUGCUGCAGAUUUUAAUGUGCCAAAAAGUGACACCAGCGUGCCUCCUGUCGCAGUAAACACCAACCCCUCUUCAGAAAGCUUAUGUUAACACUUACAACUUCAUCACAAAUAAAUGGUAAAUGUGCAAAAAAUAAAAUAACCUAAAGGGAGCCGUUGUAACAAAAACAACCAGUGAUAUUUCACAUGUAUUUGUUGACCAAGUGCCUCUGUGUUUUUCAUGAAACGACACAAACUUCUGUUUACAGAUUUCCGUGUACAGUAUUUUCUGGAGUAAACUGUCAAUAACAUCCA